UUUCCGGAGCUCCUCCGGCAUGCCGUGGAAAAGCACCCUUCGGGACAGGCGGUGCCAAAUGCUGUCGGAGGGAAGCGCAAGAGGGACGACGACGGUGACGGAACGUGUCCCGCGCCUGCCGCCAAGCGCACGAAGGGCGACGGCGACGGAAAGUGUCCCGCUCCAGCCGCCAGGCGCACAGAGAGCGACGGCGAACGGGAGUGCCCGGCUCCACCCUCCAACAGCAAGCGGGCCGCCAGGCACAGAGUGGCGUACAAGAAGGAGCUCUCCCCCGUUGCGAUUUACGAUGCCGACAGCGACCCGUGCGAGGACGUGAUCAUCUGCGCAUCGACUGUCAACGAGCAGCAAACCAGCCAUUUCACGAAGAAACCUAUGGGCUCAAGUGCGGCCCUGGACCCUGAGUUUCUGGGCAAUGUCGACCCCGCGCUUCUCGCUCCGCGGCAGCCAGCUAGUGCUGUCCACACUGCUGCGAUGCUCUCAGACCUUCAAACG